CGCACAGGAGAGUGAUUUGUGUGCUUGCGCAUAUGUCGCCGAUCUCGCCGCUUCUCGCUAUAUAAGGCGCUCACAUGCUAUGUGGUGGACGCUUGCGUGUUAUUGUUUAAAAAAAUUACGAGUGUGUUCUGCAUCAACAUGGUCGCGCACACUCGUCCACACAGGUGAUCCCGUAGCCGGUGAUGCGAAGGGUAUGUCUUCCUGGAAACCGAUGCCUUGGCCGAGGCCCGCUAGCCCUCAUUGUGGUCGGUGCCCUCGUCCUGGGCGAACUUAUCGGCCUGCUGGUGGUCAACCGCCUCGACCCUACUACUCCGGCUACCCGCAGCGGAUCCUCCCCUCCGUCGCCCCCACAGCAACGACGCGCUGGUUCCGCUGCCCCCGCAGACGACGAGGUGACCCCUGCCGGCGGCGCGCGCGGCGUUCACAUUCUGGACCUGCUCGCGCGGCGGACCCCCUUCAAGUUCGACGAAGACGCGAUCGAGCUCGACGCUAGCAGAAAGUACAAAAUCGCGCGCUCCUUCCUCUCUCCCGACGCGGAGUUCGGCUCGCCGGACGCCGGCGAGGUGUGCCUCGCCACGCAGGGCUCGCUCGACCGGCUGCACACGCUCGUCGAACUGGCCCAGCUGUGGAACGGACCCCUGUCCCUGGCCGUGUUCGUGGCGAACGCGGCGCAGUUCCAGGCGCUGCGCGCCUACCUCGCCCUGCUGCGCUCCUGCUCGGAGCCCGUGCGGGCCAACGUGCGCGUGGACCUCGUCUUCCCGGUCGGCGUGAACGUGACGCGCGCAGUCCCCUGGUCGACCCGCGGCGGCGGCCCCGAAUUCUCGUGCGCCGGCCACGCCUCGUUGCUGCGCGCGCUGCAUUCUUCGGGAGGCGCCCGCGUGGUCCGCGGCAGCGUCAAGCAGAUGCUCUACCCGCAGAACCACCUGCGCAACGUGGCCCGGGACGGCUGCUCGCCGCAGAAGCACUUCUUCGUCGUCGACAUCGACGUGAUGCCCAAGCCGGGCCUGUGGGACGAGCUGUCCGACUUCUUGGCCUCGGCCAACAGUGGCCGCCGGCCGCCGUGCGCCAAGUGCGUGUUUGUGGUGCCCACGUACGAGGCGCGCGAGAUGGUGCCCGUGCCGAGGACCAAGCGCGAGCUGCUCGCCAUGGUGCGCCGCAGGGAAGCCCGCCCUUUCCACGAGAAGUCUUUCGUCUUCAACCAGUACGCCACCAACCACGCCGCCUGGGAGGCCCUGCCGCACUCCGAGGACGGCCUGCACGCCGCCUACCGGGUGCAGCACUACGAGUUCUUCUACGAGCCAUUCUACGUGGCCGGCAAGGAGGUGCCCCGUUACGACGAGAGGUUCGUCGGAUACGGGUUCACGCGCAACACGCAGGUGUACGAGACGCACGCAGCCGGCUUCGAGUUCUGGGUGCUGGACGAGGCGUUCGCCCUACAUCGAGGCAUGCAGAACCACCGGGCCAGGGGCCACUGGCGCGAGCGUCAGAACACGCUCAACCAACACAAGCUGGCGAGUUUCAAGCGAGAUGUGAAGAGAAAGUACCAGGUCACCACCGCCGCGGCCACCACCACCAAGACGACGCUCCCUCCGGCCACCAAGCCGUUGCUGCUGUGACGAACCUGCGUUGUGGUGCUUCGUUUCGUUUCGAAAGUGGCGGGCGCUCAUGCGUGAACAACCGUUUGCUGAACAACCCGGGGUGGAGGAAGUCCUGUUGAAGCAGUUGGCUCUGCCGGCGAGCGUGCGUGUGUGGCCAACAAGCACGGUGAUCGGGCGUUGGAUUAUGGGUAAGGUCGUCCGGCUGAGGGAUGGAGCCGCGAGUGUUUGACAUGUUCCACGGGUCGCGUCGAAAAGAAGAAAGAAGUCACGUUCCGGAAUGCGUGCGUGCCCCUUUAUAACAGUACAGGUAACGGUAAACGAGCAAUCCUCGGGAUGCAGGGAUCCAGGAUCGCCAUUGUAUAUUUAUUUUCAAUAGUGAUUUGUCUUCCGCGAUAGGCAAAGACAAAGGAUGAUUCAGGGUUUGACGGAUGGGCAGCGACGGCUCGGAGACCGGUGGGAGAUACGCUAUCUUGUUACGGCGACUGUUAAUCACACCCCAUGUUGCUUCCACAUCUCGCAUGGAGCAGUAGAGUGCGCCUCUCCUCUUAUUAACAGUUUGACGAGCGACGGUAAGCGUUGCCGUGGCUGCUGCAGCGAGCGAUCGGGUUCCGUACUAUGGAGGCCAAUGCAUUACAGGUACGAAAUUCCGAAACAAGUACUUCACCAUGGUAGCUACAUUAAACACUCGAGACGGAAAUGAAGGUAAGGUGAUGCUUCUCGCACUUUUAACCAAUCAAUGCGCCACUUGAUGUUCAUGCGAAUGAUGCUCGCGUGCACCGUAAGGCAUCGUACAUUCCCAUCGGAAGGCUUUUGCAGUCUUUCGUAGCGUUUUGCUUCAGGAUAGGCUUGCAUCGCCGCUAUUAGCCCAAUAAGAGGGGGAAAUAAUUGUUAAACCUUCCCUAUCUACGUAGUACGUGCUUACGGGAAUAUCUAGCCCGCCUAUACCAAACCAAAAUAUUUUGGAUGAUUCUUCAUGCCGAGCAGCAGAAACAUCCGUACGAAGAUCUGAUUUUAACGUAAUAAGAGCUCUGGGUGCGCAUAUUGAGCUCCGUUCGCCGGCACCGUCGAUAUAUCGAAUCACACGCGGCCCGCGGCCCCGUAAGGUACGCGUUUCCUCCGUACAGCCAUACUGGUGCUGCCCGAACGAUUGACGGCGACCAUUUUUCUCGCGUGCCUGAGACUUGAAUUGGAGGUACCCCGAACUUUCACAACCUAAUGUACUGUUUACAGAUUGCUGCUGCUACCCGUUGGUAAGUGAAACAUUGAUCGUGGUUUACAAAACGAAACCGAACAAGCUUCAUUCAGCAUUGACAGCCAUCGGGUGCCCUUUAGCACAUGCCUCGAACGCUGACUGAGAAUGUUAAUCGGCAAGUACUCGUUAACUAACUAGUCGAUUAGUGAUGAUCAGUUACGUCCGCUGCCGCUAGUAAUGCGAUGCCGAAUUGAAACAACCUUAUAUCUUUGUAAAAGGUUCGCUCUUCCAAUUUAAUUCAGGCAGUACACUGGCACGAUACGC